AACAAGUAUAAGUUGUCCCUGUGCGGCGCUGACUUCCCGUCGCCGUCCGUGUGUGAUGAGAUCGUGCCGCGGUCGCGCUCCUGCUGCAUGUCAGAUCCAUGCAGCCCGGGCUCGUCGCUCAUUGUACGGACAGAGGAAGCCGCCCGCCUGUCCUGGGAUUAUCCCCCACCACGGCUGCAGUUCCUGUGUUGGAUAUACGCACAGAGGUCCCAUUGUUCCCAGCCCACUCUGCCUAAUAUGGAAUUCGCAAAGAACCCCAUGAUUUCCUGACACUGACAUAGCAAAGCAGUGGAGAACUAUCGGAGCCACAAGUCUCAAGCCGCAGGAAAAAAGAAAGAUUUCAACUGCAACACAUACUCGAAAAGUCGGGGACAGAGGCUUUAAAGGGAUGAAACUGACUAAAACGAGCUGUGUUUUUACGGACUUUCAGUCGCCGACGCAAACUUGCAUUCAAAGCAAGUGCAGAAAGCGUUUGAGUCAAGGGCGGACGGCUUGAGGAUUUUUAACUCUCUACCCAAAAGGAUAAAGGGGGAGUAAACGACUCGAAGGGAACAGCUGCCCGUGUUGUAGAAAUUGCCAACAAGUUUCAAAUAAGUCUUUUCAGACCGGAAGAGUAAAGUGCCUUUUCAGCUGACUGCGAGGCACGAAUUCGGUAAGAAGGAGAAAGUGAUUUGCGGCGGUGCCCGACCAUGCCUGCCCGCAGCCCCAGACGGCAGCACGCCCCGGCCGCGAAGGAUGGCAGCAGCGGCGGCGAUGGCUUCAACAGCGCCCUGAAAAAGAUGCUGAAGUGCGUUGUGGUGGGAGACGGGGCGGUUGGGAAAACAUGCCUACUAAUGAGUUACGCCAAUGAUGCCUUUCCCGAGGAGUACGUCCCGACUGUCUUCGAUCACUACGCAGUGAAUGUGACCGUGUCAGGGAAGCAGCACCUACUGGGACUGUAUGACACUGCUGGACAGGAGGAUUACAACCAACUCCGGCCCCUCUCCUACCCAAACACGGACGUGUUCCUCAUCUGCUUCUCAGUGGUCAACCCGGCUUCCUACCACAACGUUCAGGAGGAGUGGGUGCCCGAGCUGAAGGCGUGCAUGCCUCACAUUCCCUACAUUCUCAUUGGGACCCAGAUUGACCUACGAGAUGAUCCUAAGACACUUUCGCGUCUGCUCCAUAUGAAAGAGAGACCUUUGACGUAUGAACAGGGCCUCAAGCUGGCAAGAGAGAUCGGAGCCCAGUGCUACCUGGAGUGCUCGGCGCUGACCCAGAAGGGCCUGAAGACAGUGUUCGAUGAGGCUAUCCUGACCAUAUUCAGCCCCAAGAAGCAGAAGAAGGGCUGCUUGAGCUGCUGUACUGUUUCAUAAGGACCCGAUCCUGAUGGGCAGCCGGUUCCGUGCCUGUUUCGGGGCGCUGGGUCCACACCUCUGGGACUGUCCCUUAAUUCCACCCUAGGGUACAUGCACACUAAAAUACACUGUCUCACACACCGUCCCAGACACUCCCACGCACAGAAAGACAGACAGACAUGCUGACAGCGCCACACUGACUGCACAGUAAAAGACACAAUAAGUCGCACAUGGACACACACAGGAAAACACACCGUUACUCAGACAAAAGUGAACAUUGAGCCGCAGGCUCACUCCGCUACACAUAUCAAAACUACCCAAAAACUUCACAAACAUACUGACGUUCACCAGCAGACAUACAGGCAGACAGAAACACUGACCUACAAACACCCUCCCCCUUGUUCCCAGCCCAAGAAAAGUGAAACAGAGAGUGCCUCAUUCAGGACUGUCUGAACGGACCCUCUCCCUCCCCCACGCCAAAGACAGUGAGCCAAAGACUCCAGGGAAACUAUGUGGCCUUGUUUCUGCCGCAGCAUAAUCUCUGUUUUCGUGCGGCUGUGAGGCCUCCGUCCAAACAUGACUCUCUCCCUCAAUCACUGGUCAAUGACCUCAUGACCUCACACCAUAAAGAGUUUCACGAAAAUGAUAGUCAUUAAGCAGAUAGGUUUUAAUUUUCAUUCUCUCAUAUGAGUAAAUUAUCCUUAGGGGGAUUCCUGUUUUGGAUGAAUACUAAGCUCUGUAGUCCUUUGGCCUCAGCUUAGUUAUUUGAAUCCAAAUACAGGAACUCCAGUCAGUCACUCUUCAUAGGACCUGGGAAACAGGCCCCCAGUCACUACCUCAGAGCCAGAGCUGAGAUCCAGUUGAUCACUACAGUCCAUGGAACAGUCAGAGAGCGACCAGAGUUACUGUGGACAUGUCAGUUAAGCACUGGGAGGAGUACCAGAAGACCGCAGAAUGAGUCCCGGCAGACCGCAGAAUGAGUCCCAGAAGACCGCAGAAUGAGUCCCAGCAGACCGCAGAAUGAGUCCUGGCAGACCUCAGAAUGAGUCCCGGCAGACUGCAGAAUGACUCCCAGCAGACCACAGAAUGAAUCCCGGCAGACUGCUGAAUGAGUCCCAGCACACCGCAGAAUGAAUCCCAGCAGACCGCAAAAUGAGUCCCAGCAGACCGCAAAAUGAGUCCCAGCAGACCACAGAAUGAGUCCCGGCAGACUGCAGAAUGUCACAUUUUCAGUUUUGCCAGUGAUGUAGUGCAAAUAUCUGCCACAGUGCUAGAAUGUGUGAUUUGUUUUUGAUGUUCUUUUUAUGUUUUGAACACUUUUGAAAUUUCACUAAAUCCCACAUCCAGAGUGCUGGCAAAUGAUUACAGGGAAAAAGAAGUUGCCCCAUGAAGUGGACCUGCUCCAUUGGUCAAUUUUUUGUGCUCAAGGGGGCAAGACAUUCAUUAUUAAAGAGGAAGACCACAUCUGACAGGGACGGCUGAUUCAGCCUGGUCUUUGAUGUCACCAAACACACAGGAACAUGUGGGUUAGAGGCGACCUACUGAGGUCUUGUCUGACAGCUCAAACUGGCAGUGUACUCUGUGUCCACAAAGAUAGAUCAUGUCAUACAAAAAAGCUCCUUGAGUGGGUGCUGAAGUUAAACCCUUCAGAACUCUCUGUGGAGACUUCAGUAGACAGACCAGUUUCUCUGUGUUAAGUGCUUUUACAUUUAUUCCACUAAUUCAUUCCUUUUUUUCGUGUGACCUACACACCCUUUCAGGCCAAAGUACUGAAGAAACACAUAACACUGGACUAUAUGCUGCAGUUCAUCUAAGUUCUUUUUUAUUCAGCUGCUUAGGAAACAGGAAUAUUUCAAGUGACUUAAAUGCAGUUGGUUGUGAUCUGUUGUGACUGGAGCACUAAGUACCUCAUUCAAAGGCCCGGCAGCCAUUCCUUCUUGGAAUGGGAGACGUCAGCCCUCGGGUCAACAGCUCACACAGCUGCGCUUAACACUUCAGACUCGAUUCCUCCCAGUCCUGCUCACUCGUGAGCCGCAGCUUCGCUUCCCAGGGGCGGGACGGAAACUCAGGGCUGCCUUCAGUCAGAGCUUCCUGCCUGACACACCGGGGACUCAUCACUGGAAUUAGCCUGGGAGGCUAAAUGCUAACUGUUUGGCUCUUUCUGCACCUCUGCAGUGAUGUCACGUCCUAUAAGCACAGGAAUGAGCCCGGGACUCUAAACCCGAACCUGCACCCCUGUCCUCCCCUCUUCUGGGACCUUAAGGACCUCCCAUGGCAAGACUGAAGAGUUCAUGUGCAUGAAAUGCUGCAAAGAGUCAUGGACCUACUGAAGAGUGCCUUAAUUAGCCAGGAGGAAUGAGUGCCGUUCAUCCUAAUGCCAAGUGCCGGCCCGGCGUAGGGGUGCAGAGCACACAGCAAUGUCACUUAGUCCUGGUGUCCAUCAGUGCCAUCACUAACCAGACAGCCUUUGUUUUCAUACAGGCUUGUGCCACCAUGCUAGUUUCUGCAGUUGUCAGACAAUUAUAUUAUUAUUAACUUAAUGGUAUUUCUUAAUGAGGUUCAUUUAAAUAAUGUGAACAUUGUAUUAUAAUGAAAGUGAAAAUGUUAAUGAUUGUUAUCUUCUGAAAGGUUCGGCGCUCUGGGAUCAGUCGCAGAGGUUUGUUUUACAUGCAUAGUCCUGCCACCUGAAUUCUUUGAUGCUGAUGGACUGUUCUUCAGAGUUUUGUGUCAAUCAUGCUUUGAAUGAGAUAUUCAACACAAAAAUAGUCAAGAUUGUGUGGCAUGUAUUUUUUUGUGGGUACAGCAACACCAGCUUGGGCAGACGGUUUGCUGGUGACCCCUGAAAAGAGCUCCUCUUUUUUCUGUGUGACACUUUGGUCACCUCCUUUCACCUCCUUCGUGUGCUCCAUUGGGGUGCGCCAUUGCUACUACAGUACAGACAGGCCACCUUGGUCUAUGUCCUGCAGGCUCUGAUGAGUCAGGUAUCCUGCCCCAAGGUCCUUCAGCCCCCCAGAGCUCACAGGAACGUUCCCGCCCUCUGAGCUUCACUCCAGCUCUGAGCGGCUCUCUUUCUCUUAUCUGUCUUCUUGUUUGCGUUGAUUCCUGUGCUUUCAUUUGUCUGUAUGCAGUAUGUUGGCCAUGAAAGGAAUUCUGCUUUGCCUACAGGAUGUAAAGGCUGGAUGAACAGUUUUAAAGUGAACUCAAGAGCAGCCUGUGUGCGGCAGCCUCAUGUGCUGAGCUUCCAGGAAGAGAGAAGCAUGUCCCUCCUGAGAGCAGCUUAGCUGCUUACGUGCCUCAUCUGGACGAGACGCUUCUUCCUCUGUGUGUCCUCUGCACUUAUAGGCCUGGCCUGAGUUUUCUAUGCUAAUGCACAAUACUUUAUUCUUCCAGAUUCAGCCCUGCUGUCAAGCCCAAUUCGACUCGAAUGUAACAAGUGUGAUCUGGGUUUGUUUAAUAUGCCGAUGCAAUUCCUUCCCCUGUGUACGCUGUACAUUUGGUGCACUGAUGAUUUGAGACGAAUUCACAGCCUGGAGUGCCCUGUUGCAUAAAUAGAUAAGAGCAAUUAAACAUUUAAUGUUU